ACAUGAACAUUAAAGAUGCAAAAAAUAAAAAAUAAAAAAAGGUAAAAUAUAGGAUGAAGCGAACCAACCCACGCCCUAUGUGUCAAGGUUCGUAUCUUUCAGAGGUUCAGCGGAAUCCGACACCGGAAGCGCAGAACAGCCGCACACGGCGGUGAAGAGCCUUCGAGAAUAAUCAGAAUUCUAGCUUCACGAUGGAGUCGCUCCAAACGCUACCUCCACCAUCUCAUCUCUCACCCUCCGCACUCUCCUUCCUCGACCACAGAUUCCAUACCCAAUGCGCCCUCGCCGAUGCUCCCAACUUCGUCUCCGAGCUCCAGACUCAGUGCGCCGAGUUGGAUCGCGCGCUCGACGAGUUGACUCGGAGACUCGGAGAGGGUCUCGCCGCUUACGCCUCCUUCUCCGGCGAAAUCCACGGCCUAUUCGGCCACGUCACCGAUAGGUUGGCUGCCCUCUCCUCCACUGUCGUGCCAGAUGGAGGAAGAGGCAAAGCGGAUGGUAAGGGUUUCAAAGAGGAACUUGCGGCUUUGGCGAAGGAAGUGGCUAGGUUGGAGACGGUUCGUGUUUAUGCAGAGACAGCGCUUAAACUCGAUACUUUAGUGGGCGAUAUUGAGGAUGCUGUAUCAUUUACUAUGAGCAAAAGCAUGAGGAAACAUUCUUCUAGUCAAAAUUCACAAGAAAUGCAUAUGCUUGCUAUUAAAACACUGAAAACAACAGAAGGCAUAUUAGCUUCAAUUACAAAAGCACAUCCUCAGUGGAAGCAACUUGUGUCAGCUGUUGAUCACAGGGUGGACCGAGCUCUUGCUAUUUUGAGGCCCCAGGCAAUUGCUGAGCAUCGAGCACUUCUUACUUCGCUUGGAUGGCCCCCACCUCUUUCGGCCUUUACCUCCUCUAAUUCAGAUGCAAGGACUGUGAAUCAAGUCUCAAAUCCUCUGCUGAGUAUGCAAGCGGAUCUUAAACUCAGGUACUCAGAAAAUUUUUUUGCUUUGUGCAAUCUACAAGAGUUGCAAAGGAAAAGGAAAGUUAGACAACUUGAGGGCCAUGACAGGGAAGUUGCCCUGCGACAACCACUUUGGGUAAUAGAAGAGCUUGUGAAUCCAUUAUCGUUAGCUUCCCAACGGCAUUUCUCCAAAUGGAUUGAUAAACCGGAAUUUAUUUUUACACUUGUAUAUAAAAUCACAAGGGAUUUUGUUGACUCUAUGGAUGAAUUGUUGCAGCCAUUGGUGGAUGAAGCAAUGUUACUUGGUUAUAGUUGUAGAGAAGAAUGGAUCUCAGCAAUGGUAACUUCAUUAACCACAUACAUGGCAAAAGAAAUUUUCCCUAGUUACAUUAGUCAACUAGACGAAGAGAGUGCUACCGGCACUCAGUCAUCUGCUAGAAUAUCAUGGCUACAUCUCAUUGACUUGAUGAUAGCUUUUGACAAAAGAAUUAAGUCUUUAGUAGAGAAUUCUGGGGUCUUGCUAUCCUUUGACGAUGAUGAUAUUAUGCAAAAAAUUUCAUCUCUAGCCAUAUUUUGUGAUCGUCCAGACUGGCUUGAUCUAUGGGCUGAAAUAGAGCUAGAUGAUGCCCUACAUAAGUUGAAACUAGACAUCCAAAAUGAGAAUUAUUGGGUAAAGAAGGUUGAGGGUGCUGUUCUUUCAUCCUAUACUGAUGAUUACAAGUCUCCUCUGAUUUCUAAUUCCUUUCUUCGCCAUCUAGCAUCUGUAAUUGAUCGCUGUCGAUCAUUGCCUAGAGUAAGUCUGAGGUCGAAAUUUCUCAGGUUAGUAGGUCUUCCUAUUAUAAGAAAUUUUUUUGAUUCCAUACUUAUCCGCUGCCAAGAAGCUGAAGGUUUGACAGCGUUAACUGAUGACGAUGCUGUAUUAAAGGUUACAAUUUCUGUCAAUGCUGCUCACUACUUCGAAUCUGUUAUAAAGGAAUGGUCUGAAGAUGUCUUCUUCCUUGAGAUGGGGAUGGGUGAGGAUGAUGAGGCAGGAAUGGAAAGUAGUGCUAAUAUUUAUGAAGGGUUGCCAGAAAGUUCCAGAAGGGUUAUUUUUGAUGACGAGAUAAAAAAGUUGGAAGAGUUCAGAACAGAGUGGGUUGAAAAGAUAUCCCUAGUUAUUUUGAGGGGUUUUGACGCUCUCUCUAGGGACUAUAUGAAGAACAAGAAGCAAUGGCAGAAGGGUGAAGAAGGAUGGACUGUGUCGAAGGCUCUAGUAGAAGCCCUGAAUUAUCUGCAAAGUAAAACAUCGGUAGUAGAAGUGGGUUUGAACGCUAGGGAUUUCGUUGGGGUUUGGAGAAGUUUGGCGGCAGGAAUUGAUCGGUUACUUUUUAAUGGUAUUCUUAUGAGCAAUGUAAAAUUUCACAGAAGUGGUGUUGACAGAUUUGGUAAUGACUUGGACGUUUUAUUUGGGGUAUUUGGAUCAUGGUGUUUGAGACCUGAAGGAUUUUUUCCAAAAACAAGUGAAGGUCAGAAGUUGUUGAAGUUGGGUAAAAAUGAAGUGGAAGAAUGUAAGGCAGGGGGGAAGAAGUGGUUGAAGGAGAAUGGGUUGAGACAUUUGAGUGAAACUGAAGCGGAAAAGAUUUUGAAGAAUAGGGUGUUCACGAGUUGAAAAGCUUCUGGCUUACAUUUUAAACACAUGCAUGCUGAAAUGGCUUUCGGACUUGUGAAGAUUUAGGAUUGUUUCGUGGUGUACAUUACUUUAGACUGAUCAGUUGAACCAAUUCAAUUUUGCUUAGUUGCAAUAAAUAUAUUUUUCAUUUACAA